UCUAUGGCAAUGGAUACCAACACCGAGCGCAGGCUGUUGCGUGUGGCAGACCAUGUGGCUCUCGGCCUUCUCGAGAGCUGGGAGCGGUACCUUGAAGCGCAGGGCGAGGUGGAGGCCUCUGUCCGCUCGGGCUUUGUCUCGCUGGCAAAGGCAAGGUUUGACGGCAAGACGCUCUCGGGUGGCAUUGGCGCAGACGGAUGGGACGAAGCUGGUAUGCGGGCGCUUGUUCGGGUGGUGGUCACUGAAGACGCAUCAUCAUCAUCGAUCGACGACAACAUUAACAACAACAGCAGCAGGACCAACGUCACCGACAUCGCCUCCACGCCCUCGCCCAGCGGCCUCUCCCGUCGUAUCGCCCGUAAUGGUCACUUGAUUCCACACCUGGACGCUAUGGCCGAUCCCCACUUUGACGUGACUACCUGGUUGGCCGAGAUUGAUCAACAGCUGGCAUACCUCCCGGCUCGUCUCCCUCCUGGGGCCAAGAUCAGGGAUGAGGACUCGGACGAGGUUAUCAAGGUCAAGGACCCGCUGCGAUGGUACGGGAUCAUGGUCCCGUCCUCGCUGCGGACUGCUCAGUCACGCUUUGUCGCUGCUCUCGACGCCGCCCUUCUCGCUGCAGCUGCCUGGUCCAAGAUCGUUGUCCUUGCCCACACCUAUGCCGCUCUCGAUAAGGUCCUCUGCUUGAAUGGUGUCCCCGAUGCAGCUGCUUCCGACCCAGCUGCUUCCGACCCAACUGCUACCGAUCCAGCUUCUCCUGACGCAGCUGCUUCCGAUCCAGCCGCUCCCGAUGCAGCCCGCCCAGCACCUGCUUCCGACCCAUCGUCUGCCUAA